UUUGUUUGUUGCUCUAUAAAUCCAUUUCUUGUUAUCACUACACUCACUCCACAUCUCCUGCGGUUCCGAUCCUCCGGUUCCUCUCCUGCAUUCCUCUCUCGAAAGGGGUUAUCCUUUCCCAUCAUGUCGGAUCUUCAGGCUCCCUUGCGUCCCAAGAGGAAAAAAAUUUGGGUGGACUAUUUUGUUCACUUCCGAUGGAUUAUUGUCAUUUUUGUUGUCCUUCCUAUCUCCUUCACUUUGUACUUCCUCACAUAUCUUGGAGAUGUCAGAUCUGAAUCGAAAUCUUUCAAGCAGCGUCAGGAGGAACAUAAUGAAAAUGUCAAAAAAGUCAUAAAACGUCUCAAAGAGAGGAACCCAUCAAGGGAUGGCCUUGUCUGCACAGCCCGAAAACCAUGGAUUGCUGUUGGAAUGAGAAAUGUUGACUAUAAGCGGGCUCGGCAUUUUGAAGUUGAUCUUUCAGCUUUCAGAAAUGUCCUGGACAUUGACAAAGAGAGAAUGAUUGCCAGAUGUGAACCCCUAGUCAACAUGGGGCAGAUUAGCAGGGUUUGUGUCCCAAUGAAUCUUGCCCUUGCUGUGGUUGCUGAGCUUGAUGAUCUUACAGUUGGUGGCCUCAUCAAUGGCUAUGGAAUUGAAGGAAGCUCUCACAUUUAUGGCCUAUUCUCUGACACUGUUGUGGCUUAUGAAAUCAUUUUGGCUGAUGGGCGGCUAGUUAGAGCUACCAAAGACAAUGAGUACUCUGAUCUUUUCUAUGCCAUUCCAUGGUCUCAGGGAACACUGGGGCUUCUUGUUGCCGCUGAGAUCAAGCUUAUACCCAUUAAGGAAUACAUGAAGUUGACUUACAAACCAGUAGUGGGAAAUCUGAAAGACCUUGCACAGGGUUAUUUGAAUUCUUUUGCUCCCAGAGACGGAGAUCAGGAUAAUCCUGAGAAGGUUCCAGACUUUGUAGAAACCAUGAUUUACAAUCCUACUGAAGCUGUGUGUAUGACAGGGAGAUAUGCCUCAAAAGAAGAGGCUAAGAAGAAAGGAAACGUGAUUAACAGUGUUGGGUGGUGGUACAAGCCCUGGUUCUAUCAACAUGCACAGACAGCCCUAAAGAAAGGGGAGUUUGUGGAGUACAUCCCAACCAGGGAAUAUUACCAUAGGCACACUAGGUGUCUGUAUUGGGAGGGAAAACUUAUUCUUCCAUUUGCAGAUCAAUGGUGGUUUAGGUUUUUGUUUGGGUGGUUGAUGCCACCAAAGGUUUCUCUCCUCAAGGCUACUCAAGGUGAAGCUAUCAGAAACUAUUACCAUGAGAUGCAUGUAAUUCAGGACAUGCUUGUCCCGCUGUACAAAGUUGGGGAUGCUCUAGAAUGGGUACAUCAUGAGAUGGAGGUAUACCCAAUUUGGCUCUGCCCACACCGAUUGUACAAGCUUCCUGUCAAAACAAUGAUAUAUCCUGAACCAGGCUUUGAGCUGCAUCGCAGACAGGGUGACACACAUUAUGCCCAGAUGUACACAGAUGUGGGGGUGUACUAUGCGCCAGGGCCUGUCUUGAGGGGUGAGAAGUUUGAUGGUGCAGAAGCAGUUCGCCGAAUGGAGAACUGGUUGAUUGAAAACCAUGGAUUCCAGCCACAAUAUGCAGUGUCUGAGCUGACUGAAAAGAACUUCUGGAGGAUGUUUGAUGCUGGGCUUUAUGAGCACUGCAGAAAGAAGUAUGGAGCAGUGGGGACUUUUAUGAGUGUUUACUACAAAUGCAAGAAGGGGAAGAAGACCGAGAAGGAAGUGCAGGAGGCGGAGCAAGCACAACUUGAGACACCUUAUGCUGAGGCUGAUUGAUUAGCUUAGCUUAACAUUUAGCUAGAGCACUGGUUUUGAAGUAAUGAAUUUUAUGGUAGGAUUCUUGCAAUUUUUUUUUUCAAGUUGUCUUGUGCUUGUCUUUGCAUUUAUUUCCUUGUGCCUGCUCAACGAAUGUGAUGGUUGCUCAAUUUUUAUGCUGUAAUGGUUUAUGGUCUCCUUGAAUAAUGUGACUGAUCUUCUCCGGUAUGGAGCAAUGCAUUUCAUUUAUUUGGGCCGCCUUCAAUCA